AUGCCAUCAAGUCCGGAGAACAGUGAUGGUCGAGCAGCGCUGUCGAAGCGGAUUAGUGUCCCCCCAAAACGGGACGACUUUAUUCUAACAUGGACGGAACAUCAGCAGCUUCGGAAGGCACUGCUGGCGUCGCUCAGUUCUUCAAAGCCUUCGUCGUUGGAUGAUGAAGAUCAGAAACUGGACAGCAUCCGCCAGAUCACAGUGGGAUCAUUUUUAUCCAACAACAGUUUUACCAGCGGCAGGAUCACCGACUCGGUGUUGAAUUACGCCGCUCGAAAAUCAGCGUCCCUUUACUCAGCUGGCCACCAGGUGCUGGCUGACGAAGAAGACGAGGAAAAGCCAAAAAUUUCACAACUGAUGCUUAAGGAUGCUGACCAAUCACCUCGUAUGUUGUGCCCGAACACUGAAGAUUUCAUUACGUACUGUUCAUUUUUCGGCAGCAUCCUAAUGCCUGAGGAAGUGAAUAUGUUCGAUAACGUCACUUGGAAACCAGUUUACUCUGCGCCUCCACUAAAGGUGAAGCAAAACGGCGACGCUUCUUCGUCGCUAGUGGAGGUUAAGCUAAGGAAGUUGGAGGCGCCGCGUCCGAAGAGGCCGUAUCACCGGAGAGUUCCCCUGCCCAAGCCAUCUGAACGUCGUAAAAGUACCAGCAAACCGCGGGGCCGCCAGUCUUCUAGAAAGCGAACCCACGGCUCAGCCGCUGCGCACAAAAUUCGAGCGAAGUACACGAAGCGCAAAUCGAAGCAUAAGCCGAAGAAAUGUGAGUGUUAA